UUGGAUUUUGAUGUUGAAUUGUCAUCAAAUGUUAAGUUCAACAAAAAUGACCUUAUUAGAAAGGUUGUUAAGAAAAUUAUUCCUAAUCAUGAUUUUAAAGAAAAUUGUACAGAGGGUAUUGAACUUGGUCUAGAAAUAAAGGAUGUUUUAAUGCCACUUGCUAAGAUUUAUUACAAUAAGUUCAGAUCUUUCUUGGAUAAAAUUUUCUUUGAAUUAAAAAAAGAUUAA